AUGACUAUAAAUCAAUAUUUCCAAUUAAGAAAAUUAUUAUUAUUAAAAAAAAAUAAUCAAUUAAACAAUUCAAAAAUUGAUAUAAAGUUUAUUUCAAAUAAUACCAUCAUUCUUAUUUUAUUGUUAAUUAUUUGUUUCAUUGAUUUUUGCAUUGGUUCAUGUGAUGUAACAAUUCCAUUAGGUCAAGGAAUUUCUGUAGUUGAUCUCGAUGAUGGUAGAGGUAUACUCUCUCGAAAAAUAAGUGGAACUUAUUCUUUUGUAAUUCCAAAAACCAGUUUUAAGGCUUGUUUAACUGCAGUAGGCUCUUCAGGAAAAGCAACCAACUUUGAAAUUUCAAUUGACAACUAUAGACAAGUUACAUCUUCAAGUAUUGAAUAUUGGACAAGUGAUUGGACGUGUGAAAUUGCUUCUGUUACAAAAUGUCAUAAACAGAGUGGAUCAGGUUGUGGAUCAGGUACUUGUGGUGGUGAACCAACUUCAGUAACGACUGUUAAAUCUGUCAACGUUUAUUAUGAUAUUAAUAUAAAACAAAAUGGUGUUAAAAUUGAAAGUGUUGGUAUUAACGAUGCUAGUAAAGAUGUUAAUAUUCAACUUGAUUCAUUUUCAAAAGAUACCGACACUUCAAUAAUAAAUACAAAUUCAACAACUUAUAAAAACACAAGAUAUAUUACUUCAGCAGUCGCAUCAAGUUUGAACUCGGCAAUUGCGCCUGGAAUAUUCGGUAAUGGUGUUAAAUUUGUAAAAGGUAAACCAGUUAAAUCCACUAUAGAUUGUUCUAUCAGUGGUUUAAAAUUAUUAGCAAAUUCAAAAAAUACAAAAUUUAAUGGUCCUGAAAAUGUUUGGACAUAUAAUAAUCAGUUAAAUGAAUGGGAAACUCAUCCUUUAACUCAUAGUCCUUGGUAUUUAGUUUUAAAUUUUAAUGGAAACUAUUCAAUAAUAAAUAAAGUUGACGUUACAUGUCCAGAAGUUAAAGAUGUUCGAUAUUUGUACGGGUGUAGAAAGUGUGAAUCCGGGUCAUCUUUAUCAUUACAAAUAAAAUCAUCAUGCAAAUCUGUUAUUGCAAUAGUAAUGAACUCAAAUAAAGAUGUGAAUUUAAUUACAACAACUGCUGCAUUAACAACUAGCUUUACAAACUUAACAAUAAGAUAUAAAACUAAUUUAAAAGAAGUAAAAGAUAGUUUUUGUUUUUAUGAUUCAAUGUAUAAAAACACAACAACAAAUAAACAGUGUGUUUCCGUUUCAGUAAUACUAAACUAUGAAGAAUUUAACGUCAUUUAA